CAGUAUAUUCAAAAUUGUAAGUAAAGGAAAUUGAUCGAUUAUUUAUUACAAAAAAAGAAUUCACUGUGGACUAAAUUUUUCCUUAACUUAAUUAGUCAUUAUACUUUGUUUUAAUAUAACUAUGAUUCCCCUAACCAGCUGUGUAUAUUUUUGAAACUGCUAUUUAUGUCACUGUUUAUCAGACCAUCUGAAGUAUAUGCAUAACCUAUAAUGUGACUUUUAAACAAUAUCAAUGCACCCUACGCUACAAACCCUGUACAAGUAUAUAGUAAUAUUAACAGCUAUCGUGAAUAAUUUCCAUGUGCAUACACAAGAGACUAGACCGUUCUUGAAUACAUAUAUAGGUGAGGGUAAGGUACCUUUUGUGGUGUUUGUGAACACAAUAGUCAAGGGAGGUAUGAACAAAAAGUGUACUGGGACACUUCUGGACAAGAACUGGGUACUCACUCUAGCUAGCUGUGUGGCAGAGCCAUCUAACACAACCAAUGUUACUGUGCAGGCUAACCUGAUCUCGUACGAUAUUCCCAGCCCUAGGUCUCAGCUGAGACUUGUUGUUGAUGUCUUCCCGCAUCCACUCUACAAGCCAGAGAGACUGGCAGGAGAUGACAUUGCUUUACUCAUGGUUCAACAUCCAUUCAUCAUCAAUGAAUAUGUCCAGCCUAUUCAGGUGUUUGACGGCAUCUGGCCAGUAGAGGAUGGACAGCCUGCCAAGAUCAUAUGUAGUGUUUUGGGCUAUGGAAACAUUGACUACACCAAGUAUGACUCUAAGCUGAAGGUCCGCAGAGUUCAGGCCACCCAUUCCGACUUAUGUUCUUGUACCAGGAGAAAUCAGUGGAUGAACCUGGUGUGUCUAGACCCCAUGGAUGAUGUAGGAUUGUGUUCAGUGGAUGGCGGAGCACCUCUAGUCUAUGAGAAGAAGUUGAUUGGCAUCAACCAUAUGCUGAUGGUUAAGUCCAAUUGCACGGAGAUACUGGAACCCAACGAAAUCUGUGGUGACUAUUCAGUCGUCUCUUACUUCUUAUAUAUGUGUCCCUACUUGGACUGGAUGAAAAGCUUUGUAGUGACCAUGCCAGAACAACCCCAGUAUUGUAACAGUUCCCCUCCAUCAGCCUCUGGUGUGAUUAUUGUCCUUGUUUUCUUGUUUGCAGUAGGAUUUCUCUAAUAAAUUGAUUGUUAAUAAUUAUAUUUUAUUUAUUUAGAGAGAUUAUUGUAACUUCUAAUUUUAUGAAUUAAACGAAUAUAACUUCACCUUCUCAAUUUGUACAGAU